CUCUAAUGAGUGGGUGGGAGGGUCAGGCAGUGCGACAAAUAAGGACACGGUUCCUGCACGAGCUUUCAUUCUCACUUUUAUUUGCAAGUGUGCUUUGGACCCACAGCUGCCUAAAAUGCGCUAAUUAGCCAAACAGGAAUUGCUUGUGCUGUGUGUUUACGCUGGAAUAAUAAACUUUCUCAGCAAAUGUUUUCAAGGAGCCCUUUCUCAUGUGCCAAAGACGACAUGAUUCACUAUCUCAGAUGGACUGUUUUCCUGUGGAUCGUAAAUACCAUUCCUUUUACUUCAGGAAUGGCAGUGAAUGAGAGAAUAGAUCAUACAUGUCCACCCUUAAAGCUGGAGGAGAUAUGGCAUACCAGUGUGAACAUUCACAGAGAAUUCACAGGAUUCGAUUUAGCCGAGAAGUUCCUUCUCAGAAAAGGCAUUGUGACGGAUGACAGGCUGUUGUUUAGACUGGGGAAUAAACCCCUGUUUAAACCAACAGAAUCUGUGUUCCCAAAUGGACUUCCUCAUGAAUACUCCAUUAUUGCCACGUUCCGGCUCAGAAAAACCACAAAGAAAGAUCGCUGGUUUGUUCUGCAGAUCUUUGAUAAAAGUGGAGAUACACAGGUGUCAUUAAUAGUGGAUGGGGCUAAAAAAACAGUAGAGUUUUUAGCUCAGGGUUUUCUGAAGAACAGCCUCCUGUACACCUUCAAGAACCGAGACCUGCACGCCCUCUUCGAUCGACAGUUUCACAAGCUGGGUGUUUCUGUCGAGAGCAACGCCGUCUCCAUCUACCUGGACUGCAAAUUAAUUGAACGUCAGGUGACUGCUGAAAGGUCUGGCAUGGAAGUCAGCGGACGCACCUUCAUCACCACUCGAGUGGAGGAUGGACGUCCAGUGGAUAUUGAGCUUCAAGAGAUUCUGAUCUUCUGUGACGCUAGAAUAGCUGACCUGGACAGAUGCUGCGAUUCUCCUGGAGUUACGUGUGAACCUGUAGUAACCCACAACCCCACAGCGGCCCCACUGGUCACAGGAUACCUCCACAGAAUGCUGUCCAUGCCAGCUCAGCUCCCCACCGACCGAUGCCACUGUCCCGCUCUGAAGGGGGAUCAAGGGCUUCCGGUUUUGGCAGGACAUUCUGGACAAAAGGGAGAUAAAGGAGACAUGGGUUUGAAAGGGGAUCCUGGACCUCAAGGCCUACCUGGUCUCAAAGGUGAUAAAGGGGAACCAGGCCAACCGGUUUCGGAAACACUGUCGAUUGAAAAGCAAGCUCAAAAAGGAGACCAGGGUUCCCCAGGAGUUCCUGGAGAAAAGGGAGAUGCUGGCCUGCCCGGUCAACCAGGAGCACCAGGAAAAGAGGGCAAAAGGGGUCGACGGGGAAAAACAGGAGAACCGGGCACUCCAGGACCACCGGGUCCACCUGGAACAUGUGAUGCUGAAGCUGUUAAGGGGGUGAAGGGUGACCCGGGUGUCGCAGGAGUUGAUGGACAGAAGGGCGAUAGAGGGGAUCCAGGUUUGCCUGGCCUGGAGGGAACCAGUGGAUUAAAGGGGCAAAAGGGUGAAGAAGGACCCAGAGGACCACCGGGCCCUGUCAUGACAGCACAUGGACUGAGACUUCUUUCUGGACCUGGGGAAGGAGGUGAGAAAGGCCAGAAAGGAGAGAAAGGAGACCAGGGUGAAAAAGGUACUGAAGGCUCACAAGGUCUACAGGGCAUUCGUGGAUUGCCUGGACUGACAGGGGCACCAGGACUUGAGGGAAAGGAGGGUCAACCUGGUCCCAUUGGCCUCCGUGGUCUUCCAGGAGAUUCGGGCUCUCCCGGUCAGCCAGGACUGCCUGGAAAAGACGGAAUGAAAGGAGAAAAGGGUGAUGCAGGCGGAGCACCGGGACCGAUAGGCCCCCCGGGCCUCAAGGGUGAACCUGGAGAGCCCUGCUCUGUCAGACCUUGCAAUGGGGAGGAGGUCGUGUCUGGUCCACGGGGGUCACGGGGCCCUAAGGGUGAGCGAGGUGUACCUGGAGUACCAGGAGAUGCUGGAGAGAAAGGAGAACCUGGUAUUGGAAUCACCGGACCACCUGGUCUGAUGGGACCUAAAGGGGAACCAGGAAUUCCGGGUCCUCGUGGACCUGCAGGGACAGUUGGAUUGCCAGGAAAUAUGGGACCUCCAGGCCCACAAGGCAGACCAGGGCCCCCUGGACCUCCCGGAGAACCGACAGCACUACCUAUUGUGGGAGACAUGGGGACAUUACUGAAGAACGCCUGCAGUGUGUGUCAGACCAGAGUACCAGGAUUACCAGGGCAGAAAGGAGAAAAAGGUUCCCCUGGAGCUUCAGGUAUUCCAGGAAUGGAUGGAGAAAAGGGGGAUCAGGGUCUGCGGGGCCCAGCUGGUAAUCCCGGAAAAGAGGGUCCGAAGGGAGUGAAGGGUGAGAGAGGCUUUCCUGGUCCAAUGGGGGACAAGGGUGAUGAGGGGACCCCAGGUGUGCCGGGAUUGCCUGGAUCCACAGGCCGUAUAGGUGCACCGGGACUUCUUGGCAGACCAGGACCUGUUGGCCCCCCAGGACCAAAGGGGGAACGGGGCAGCGAAGGACCGCAAGGUAGACCCGGACCUCCUGGACCUCCUGGUGUUCCAUUUGCAGAAGGCAAUGGGAUGAGCAGUCUCUAUAAGCUUCAGAAUGGGGCGGCUAAUACAGGCCAACCCGGACCACCCGGGCCUCCGGGGCCCAAAGGAGAUGAAGGAAGGAUGGGUGAGCCGGGACUGAUGGGAUUACCAGGACUAGAGGGGCUGCCAGGUGCUAAGGGUGACCCUGGCCUUCCUGGUCCUCCUGGUGUUCCUGGUCCUACUGGAAAGCCUGGUCCGCGUGGUGAGACAGGGAUCCCCGGAGAGCCGGGAGAACGAGGGCCUCUGGGAGAGACUGGCUUCCCUGGACCCGAAGGGCCUCCUGGAGCCCCUGGAAGGCCGGGAAAAGAUGGAAUUCCAGGCUAUGAGGGAGCCACAGGCAGACCUGGAGACAGAGGCACUAAAGGAGAACGGGGAGAUCCGGGGAUUCCAGGAGAGAGAGGAGUCCAGGGAGAAAGAGGGAAAGCUGGAGACAUAGGGCCCAUUGGUCCUCAGGGGCAGCCUGGACAGAAAGGAGAACCAGGCUCACCUGGAUCUUCAACAACACCGGGGACCGUCAAUCUGUUGGGAGAUACAGCUGCCUUGGAGGAAAUUAAAACAUUCAUCCGAAAUGAAGUUUUGCGUAUAUUUGAAGAGAGGUUUUCAGACAGUUACGCAUUGCUGCAGAAGACACCAGCAGCUAUAUUAGCCGCACAGGGUCGACAUGGCCCUCCGGGGCCACCCGGUAAUGAUGGCUCCCCAGGACCCCCUGGAGAGCCAGGACCUCCAGGCCCCCAAGGGUAUCGGGGGCAGAAAGGGGAACGGGGUCAAAUGGGGUUGGGAAUUCCAGGAACUCCAGGCCCCACUGGCCCACCAGGUUCACCCGGAAUGGGAUUCCAGGGGCCUUCAGGUCCCCCGGGGCCCCCAGGUCCACAGGGAAGAUGUAACCCCAGUGACUGUUUCCAUCCUUACGCCAGACGGGAUAGAACCUGACGCAUCCUCAUCAAACCUGAUGAGACCCUGGAAAACCAAUGAACCAGCUCAUCUACAUAAGCUUUAAAUCCUAUUAAAAACAAAUGUAGGAUCCCUGCUGCAGGAGAAGACUACAGCAAACUCCAUCCCCAUAGAGCAGCCAUUACUGGUGUUGUCAUUUAAUUUCAUCAUUUAUCUCCGUUUCAUUUCCUAUAUUUGUGACCAAUGCAUUUACUCAUUUUCCCAUGUUUUGUGGCUAUGACUUGAGAAUUCAAGUCCCGUCAUUACACUAAUCACAACGGACAGGUUUGUGUAUUUUGAACGCAGGUGAAAUGAGAAUUUUAUGUACAUUUGCUUAUUUUCUUCGGGCUGAUGUGAAGUUGAGUUUUAAUUCAGUUGUGAUGGCGCUAUGCAAUCUAAAACAGAACAUAUGAGGACAAACAUUAAGUUAAUGUAAAUAACAGGCUUUCAGAAAACUAAUUUUGAAAAAAAGAACAAAAAAACUUUCAAAGAAGUGUACUUUCCAGCCCUGCUCGUGAAGGGAGUUAUUGUCACGUUUAUCACCUCAGAUGCACUGAUGAUAAUGGAGCGCUGAUACAAUAUAAAGACUGACACAUUAUAAACACACAAAAUAAUUUAACAUAUGAUAAUAAUGUAUAUUUAUUCAUCCAUUUAUUAUUUUUGUAGUAUUUAUUUAUUGUUUUAUUUAAAUUUAUACAAAAAUAUUUUUUUCGUUACAAAUUAUAUAAUCAGAAAACUGAAAAAUUAACACAGACAGAAUAUCUCACAUCAUUUCUUGUACAUUUUAGCUUAUUUCCAUGUUUAAAUUAGAUUUUGAAUCCCAGAUAUUCAAUGUGGCUUCAGACUUUUAUGUUCUUUUUUGACCAAACACAGCAAAGAUGAGAGAUUAGAGAAGUAAUAGUGAUCUUUCUGUGUUGGCCAGUGCUGGUGAGGUGAAAACUGCUCAUGACAUCGAUACGCUUUAAUUGUUUACAGGGAAAUAAGCGCUGUUCCUUUUUUUCUGACUGUUUAAACACCCUCAUGCUGGUGUUGUAUGUAUAUUUUGUUCUUUACUUGGUUUGUUUGUUGUUGUUUUUUUCCAAAGAAAAGUUGUGGAAUGCUUUUAAAUACCUAUAUUUAUCUUUGCAUUUGAAUAUAAUUCUCUCUCAUUUCUUUUGCUUUGUAUGGAAAACAUCCUUCCAUGUUACUUGAAUAUUUUUAUAAGACAUAUGUCAAUAUCAUGUUCACAGUUUAACAUAUGGCAAACCUUUUAACAUCAAACUUUGUACAUUUUUCUUUUCACGGGCAGCAGUGUGUCUUAAGACCAUGUUUCUGUGUAAUUUAGUUGUAUAAUUUUGCAAGGAUUGUAGUCUGGAUUGAGUUAUUUAUUUAUUUUAUAGAUGAUAUUAAUAUGGUGAUCCAGAAUCAGUAAGGUGAGAUUUACUGAAGGCACAUACGAGUCAUUGAAUAGAGCAUGUGAGCGACGCUCAAUAUUCCGCUCUAUGCCAGUGUGCUCCGCUCAAUCGCUCAUGGCCCAAGCGAAUGCCCGGCAUGGGAGCAAAUCCCGCUCCAACAUAAACCUAGCUCUGUUUAUUUCUAUGGCAUCGCUGUCGAAGGGGAAUUAGCUGGUGAAGUGGAUUGACUUAUUGUAGAGUUCACUAAAGUUGUUUGAAAUGUUUGAAGCGAAUGUCAUAACAAAUGUCAGUAGUGCGGGAACAUUUUAAAAUGAGCAGUAAAUCCGUAAGAUCUUACCUUCAUACUGUGGAAAUACAAACCGGAAGACAGAACACAAAGAGCGCAGCACUGAAAAGGUCCGGGGCUACGUAAGGUCUAUACGUCUAUCUAUGAAUUUCUUGAAUAAAUGUCUCAGUUGCAGUAGGCCUAUAAAUAGGUAACAGUUAUGAUAGUUGUGGCUUUAAAGCAAUAUAUUGUAUAAAUAAACAUGACGUGAUUUGACUGGAGUGCCGAAUUGCAGAGCUGAAUCAAACAUCAAACAAAAAUCCACAUCGUUAUGAUCGAAUGCUUUAUUUACUGCUGUUUUCUCACCGCUGUCAUUUUAGUUGUUUAUUUUGUUAUAGAAAGGAAAGCGAGCAGCACGUAUUUACUAGGGGUGUGACGAUACACUUGGCACACGAGGCGAGAUGAUAUUUUAACACUAUUUUUUAAGAAAUUUUCAGUGACGAAGGAUACGACUGGAAAAAUAGUUUUUCAUUCGACUGAAAGUCACAAAGUGCAAAACAAUGUUUUAACUAAUAAUCUUGUAAUGAAUGUCUCUUCGGUUCUAUAUUCUGAGUAUCUUUAUUGUUCUGUAAAUGACAGAAUAUAGCGCACUGUAAAACUCUGUCAUACUGAUAUCGCGAGAGCUUUUCACCUUGACGAGAAAUAUCGUCACUUUAAAAUCACAAGAUCUCGUCACAUCCCGAAUAUUUACAGUCGUCUAAACGCCACUAAUGCUCCUAUGGAAGCUUGUUCCCCCACUGAAUAAAAAAUGAAAAAUGUAAUUGCGACUUUAUAUCUCACAAUUCCGACUUAUUUUCUCUGAAUUCCUGAGAAAUAAAAUCGCAAUUCUGAGAGAAAAAAACGUUGAAACUUUGAAAAAAACUUUGAGAUAUAAACUCCCAGUUGCAAGAAAAAAAGUCAGAAUUAUGAGUUUAAAUCUCACAAUUUUGACUUUUUCUCGCAAUUGCGAGUUUAUAUCGCAAUUUUGAGAGAAGUCAGAAUUUUGAGAUAAAAAGUCGCAAAUACUUUUUAAUUUUUUUAUUCCAUGGCAGAAACAAGCUUCCAUACGCUCGAUGUUCACUAACAGAUGUGAAGGUAUUUCGAACUUCUUUUUACCCCUAAGCAAAGAACGAAAAAGAACUUUGUUGUUAUCACAAAAUGAAUCUUUGCUAACUCAAUUUCUACACACCCUUUCAAUUUCCUCUCAUUCUUCGUUCUUAACUAUUUUACAUUUAUAUAUACAGUUCACAACUUAAUUAAAACAACAUUUGAACUCCAUAACCUUUCACAUAUCCUCGAAUCAGCAUAUCACUAAGGGCAUUCUGGGUUGAGCGAGCUGCCCUGAGCAGACCAAGCGAGCAGAGCGGAAAAAAUAUUAGUGCUCUCCUCACACGCUCUGUCACUGAAUCUUUUGACUUCACCCAUCUGCCUCUGUUCGGAAGAUGAAAGUAUACUGGAGUCAAGUAUACUGGAUGACAGUUUUGUUUUUGCUGUGUUUGUGCUGCUUUCUUCUUUUCAUCUCAGUCUUCCUAGUCUCCUCCCUUUUCUUUUUCUUUCUUUCUUUCUUUUUCUUUGCACCUAAGAUUGUGUGACGAAGCAAACCCUUAUUAGGUUUUUGCUGUUUUACUCUUACUCAUUUUAUGCUUUUAAAUUUUUAUAUGUAAUGUACCGGAUUACCUCUGCUGAGAGUUCAAAUAUUGAUGGUUCAGGUCAUAAGACACUUUUUGUGGGGAAUCAGUGAAUUGCUUGUCUGAAAGCAUCUCAGAGUUCAUAUUUACCUUUAAUAGUAGCCUACCAAUAACUUUUGUCAGUUUUAUUUAUCAUAAAAAUAUAUGUAUUUGCAUUGUUUUUCAGUCAACCACAGAUGUUUAAUUUACAGAAAAUGGGCUAUAAAGAAAGUGAUGACAUGUAGCAUGAAGACAAUAUUCUUCUCAAGGGCUAAAUCUGUAUGGACUUACUUGAAGGACAGUCUUAAGACAAAACACCACAUCUACCUGAUAUGCACUGCUUCAUCUGAACAUCUGGAAGAUAUAAUAUGGUUCUGUUCUUAAUACAAUGAAUGUUCAUUGUGGUCAGAUACAGUAGCACACACCAUUUGCCAGUUCCUUUUGCUUUUUUUUGUUUUGUUUUUUGUUUGUGCUUGGUCUUGUAGAUGCAUUUGGUUUGCAUAUUUAUAUAAUUGUACAUUGUUUUAAUAAAUUUACUUAAUUUAACAUUCA